CACCACAACCCUCGCCACCACAACCCUCACCACCACCACCCUCACCACCACCACCACCCUCACCACCACCAUCACCGCCAAGCUCUGGAGCGGAGGAGGAGGCUGCGAGUGGAAGAUGGCGAGGUGGUUCAGAGAGCGGUUCGGGUUCGUGCUGGGAAGCAGGAAGAGCGACUGCCGUCAGCCCAAACCCGAACAACAUCACCAGCAGCAGCAGAAUAAUCAUCAGCAGCAGCAGCAUCAGUCUGAUCUACAGGGCGAUUCUUCUGGUGGCAGCGUCCGAGUGCACGUGGCCAGCAUUAAAAAGCCACCGCAGAUUCAACAGCAACAACAACAGCAGACGCAGCACCAGCAACAACAACAGCAGAAGCAACAACAGCAACAGCAGCACUGCGUCGAACUUAGCACGGACCGGAGCGUGCAACCACCGCAUUUGCCGACAUCAAACAACGCCACCAACAACACCACCACCUCCUCCUUCUCGUCUGCGGCACCACCACCACCACAACAACAACAACCACCACCACCAUCAACAGCAGCAGCAGCAGCGGCGGCGGCGUCGUCAUCGUCAUCCUCGUCGUCAUCCUCCCCUAGUGUAGACCACCACCACCACCAUCAACAUCAUCAGCAUCAUCAACAACAUCAGUCGUUCUACCCUCCUCCUGGAGCCUCGGCACUUGAGCGUCUGAAGGCUGUGUGUGACAGCGAAGAGCAAGAUGAUGAUGGUGGUGGAGGUGGUGUUGGUGGUGGUGGUGGAGGUGGUGGUGGUGUUGGUGGAGGUGGUGGUGGUAUCGAGGGGGGCAAGUGUCCCCAGCCAGCUGAGGCCAAGUACCUGAGUCCCAGGCAGAGGCUGAUUAAGGUGGAAGUCACCGAGAAGGCGAAUUCCGCUGUGGGACCCAGGGAUGGAGGUGGUGGAGGUGGUGGUGGAGGUGUGGGCAAAGCAGCGACGGACGAGCAGGGCAAGGGUGGAGGAGCUGUUGGAGUCAAGGGAGACAAGUUUGCGAUUGUGGACGACUACGCCGACCCGUACGAUGCCCCGCGGGGGUCGUCAGCACGCUCCACCGCCACCGCCGCCGCCGCCGCCGCGGCCGCGGCCGCCACCACCACCACGGGGGAGGAGCGUCCCGGCCCGGACAACGACGGCUACAUGGAGCCCUACGAGGCACAGAGGCUCAUGGCCGAAAUCCGCAAGCAGUCUCUGAAGGACCAGAGAAUUAGGGGGGGCGGUGGCGGCCCCCCGCUCUACGACAACCCCUACGAGCCUCGCGAGAACGGGGGAGCCGCGCCCUUCUCGGCACGGGCGGCCGCCGCCGCCGCCGGCACCGCCGCCGGCACCGCCGGCUCAAGAGCGACCGGCGCGGCGACGUUGCCGGAACAGAGCGGAGGCGACGAGGGCGGGGGGCCCGCGGUGGCCGGAGGAGGUGCGGCCCACGCGGCCGCCAGGGACAGCCGCUUGCCCCAGGGUGACGAGAGGCCCCCCGACGAGUACGAGGAGCCCUGGGAGUGGAAGCGAGGCCCGCUCAGCAAGGCCCUGCAAGUUCAGCUGGACGGAGGGGACGGCCGAGCGGCGCCCGGCGUUGGCGUCUCGGCGGCGGCGGCGGCGAUGGCGACGGGGGCGACGCCCGUCGGCGGUGAGGAGCGCCUCCUGUGCCACCCGCGCCAUCUGAAGGGCGCCGGCGUGCGGAUGAGCCCCGAGCACUACGGCCCCAUCGGGGAGAAGAUCGACCCCGGCCUGCCGCUCGACAAGCAAGUCUGGUACCACGGCGCCAUCGGCCGCGUGGACGCCGAGAACCUCCUAAGGCUGUGCAAGGAGUCAAGCUACCUGGUGCGCAACAGCGAGACGAGCAAGAACGAGUACUCCCUCUCCCUCAAGAGCAGCCAGGGCUUCAUGCACAUGAAGCUGACGCGCACCAAGGAGGGCAAGUACAUCCUGGGGCAGAACAGCCCCCCGUUCGACGCCAUCCCCGAGGUGAUCCACUUCUACACGAGCCGCAAGCUGCCCAUCAAGGGGGCGGAGCACAUGUCGCUGCUGUACCCGGUGCCCGUGCGGACGCUCUGACCCAACACGAGCGGUGCGCCGCCGUCGCUUACUCGCAUUUCUGUCGCCGUCACCGCGGCCGCGUCGGCCGUCGCCGUCUUCCUCCCCGA